AAUGCAGCAAUGAUGGCCAACACAAACUCUAUGAUGAGAAGGGUCAAGCAAACACAAACCAUGAUCUUGUGGGCAAAUAUUUUACCAACGCAGUGAGUCUUCUCCCUGAUACACCCAAUAAAUGAAUGAUGAGUUCCAAAUAUAACUUCCCUGCUUUCAGAUGUUGAAUAUGGAGUGGGAGAAACGACUUCAAUACAUCUGUGGGAAAUGUUGGCAGCAUAUCUGGGAAUUUCACCAAUUCCAGGAGUCCAUUAUUGAGGCGCAGAAUGGCCUACAUCUGCAGGCAGAAGCGGCAGGAGAAGUUGAUGAGGUUAAGUUAAAAUCUGAGUUGAAUAUAAAUCAGCAGGAACUACACUUGGAUUGGCAUAAUGUCAAGGAAUUAAGCGAUAGCAGCACUGAAGACUCAAUCAAUCCUACAGCUCUUAACUUUGAUAUAAAAACUGAAGAACCUUUGGAUAUCAACAGUGAUCAGGAAGGGAUGUCGCCUCAGGAUGGGCAGCACCAUUUAACGGAUGAAGAAGUGCCUCUGAUGAUGUCCAGUAGAAAAGAUAAUGACGAUUACGUUGUAUCCAAUGAAGAUUAUAGCUCAAGUGAUGACUUGCCCUUAUCAUCUUUGGGUCAGACUAAUCUUUGCUCUUCAGAUAAAAAAGUUCUUGCUACAAAAAGGUCAGUAGAGGAAUUUGAUGAACUGGUAACUUUGUGGCGUUCCUCCUUGGAAUGUGAAAUUUGCCAUCAGCUGGUGGCCAGCUAUUCCCAGUUGAAGGAACAUUUUAGCAAAAACCAUGCUUCAGAAGGAUGUUACCUCAUGUGUUGCCAAUUGAGAUUGGAUACUCGGUACGAUAUUGACAGACACAUACGCUAUCACAAUGCCCCGCAGCAGCUUAAGUGUGUGGCCUGUUGCAAGGCUUACCGUUUGGAGGAACAUUUAAGAAAGCACAAAAGAAAAGUCCACACCAGCAAGGGAGGUGAUAGAAAUGCUAAAGACAGCAAAAAGUUGGUAGGAAAAUAUCACUGCUGCAAGUGUUCAAAGGACUUUGCAACGGAAAAACAAUUGGAUAGACACAAUCGUGAAGUACAUAAACCCAAGAUAUUUGAAUGUAACUUUUGUGAAAAAUCUUUUAUGCGUUCGGAUGCUCUGCGCGAGCAUUUGGCUGGCCACAGAGGCGAAAGGAAGCAUGUCUGCUCCUAUUGUCCCAAGGCAUUCACUUGGCGAUCUAAUUUCUCCCUACAUAUGAGAAAAUCUCAUAUCCAGGAAUGGAAAAAGUUGCAAGACGAGGAAGCCCAAAGAAAACUUAAAUGUAGGUAUCGCCGAGAAACUCGAGGGAAUUGUAUGGUCUAUGUUUGUAUAUAUUGUUUCAAGGAGUACGACAGUCGGUUUUCCAUGUACUACCACGCCAAGCGGUGUCAAAUAUAUAAAGCACCAAUAGAGUAUGAAAAGCGCCAUUCUUUGAACCAUCAUAAAAACGAUGGUUCUUUAGCGGAGGAGCAGGCAUCAGUUCAUUCUGAACCCCCUGUGAAGUUGCAUAAUACCGAGGGUUUAAGCGCUAGCACUGAAGAUUCUAUCACACCUAUAGCUCUUAACUUUGAUAUAAAGUCUGAAGAGCCCUUGGAUCUUAACAGUGGUGAUGGAGAGAUGUCGCCUCAAGAUGGGCAGGACCAUUUAACGGAUGAAGAGAAGUCUCUGAUGAUGUGCGAAAGUACAUCCUUAAAUAAUGACGCUGUAUCCAAUGAAAGUAAAGUUUCUGUUACAAAAAGUUUGGAAUGUAACUUUUGUGAAAGAUCGUUUAGGCGUCCAGGGAUACUACGCGAGCAUUUGGCUAGCCACAAAGGCGAAAAGAUACAUGCCUGCUCCUUCUGUCCCAAGGCAUUCACUUGGCGGAAUAAUUUCUGCUAUCACAUGAGCAAAUCUCAUCCCAAGGAAUGGAAGAAGUUGCAAAACGAGGCAGCCCAAAGAGACACUCUGAAAGAGUAUCGGCGAUUAGCUCGAGGAAAUUCUAUGGUCUAUGUUUGCAGUUAUUGCUCCGUCGAGUAUGACAAGCUGCCUUCCAUGAACAUACAUAUCAGGCGAUGUCGAAUAGACGGUGGAACAAAAGAGCAACGUAAAAUGGAGUUUCGACUUGAAACCCGAGGAGAGAGUAUGGUCUAUAUAUGCAUUUAUUGUUCCAAAGAGUAUGAAAAGCGGCUUUCCAUGCAGAAUCACAUCAGGCGAUGGCAUAGACCAGUAGAUCAUAAAAAAGGAUAUUGGCGAGAAGUUCGGGGAGAGAGUAUCGCCUAUGUUUGCAGUUAUUGUUCUAAGGAGUACGAAAAGCGGUAUUCCAUAUACCAACAUAUCGAGCGAUGUCAUGGAAGCAAUAGACCAAUAGAGUCUAAAAAGGGUUAUCGGCGAGAAACUCGGGGAGAGAGUAUGGUCCAUGUUUGUAUGUUUUGUUCUAAGGAGUAUCCAAAGCUGCAAUCCAUGCGCAGUCAUCUCUACCGUAUCCAUAGAGAGGAAGCAUAUUUAGCGAGGCAGGCACCAAUGGCAGCUAGCCAAGACUUACUUAACAACAGGAUUAUAGGGUCGAAUACAAAUGAUGUAGACAACAUGGCACCAAAUGUUAAUACCUUAAAUGAAUUUGGCAAAGAAGGAGAAGAAGAAGAAGAUUUAUUGAUGGCCCUUAUAGAAGAAAAAGAAUUGAUAAGUGUUGAAAGUGCAACAAAGGAUAAUGUGAAGACCGAACAAUUUUCAGCUGAGACAAAUUCCUUGGAAAAUGAGGAAAUGAAUGAAAAAGAUUUACCACAAGAAUUGGAAGAUUCUACUUGGGAAAGUGAAGAGUUUCUAAAAUCCGAAGAAGAAUUUAUUGAGCUAUAAACCUUAGGCUUAAGACCUUAGUUGGAAUAUUGAAAAAAAAAGAAAAAAUGCGAAAAAGUUAAUAAUUUUAAUAAUUAAAAACUUUUUUGCCAAAAUCCUUACAAAUGACUUUUGUUCGCUUGAGACAUUUUAAUACCACAUUUGUAUAUGUUUUCUGAUUUCUCAUAAUAAAAUCAGCUGCUGAUAUACUAAACCAGGGAAAGCCAUCCAAACAGCUGUUUUCUUACUAUAGAAUCAGCUGUUGUGUAACACUAAUUUGCACUAAUUUUUACUGGAAGUCGUUCGAAGUAAGCGGGAGAGUACGUGAGUGCAAGCAAAAUUUUUAAAGUUUGGUCAUUGAUAGCUUGCAAUUUUCUGCUGCAGGUUAUUCCCAGCAGCACAUUUUUUUGUAUUCCAGCUGUUUAAUUAAAAUAAAUAGCAAUAAAGCUUUAUUCUCUUUUGUUUACUGUUCUUACUCUUCUGCAAUUUUUUACUGGAAAAGUACACGAACAGACCUUUUAAUGUAAAAAUCUUCGCUCCUUAUAUGUCAAAAUCAGCUUAUGUUAUUGUGAAAUAACAGCAGCUUGAAUGACAUACACAUAGUACAACAGAAUUAUUGUAUCUAAUUUUAUAGUGGAAAAAAGAAACUUUUCAAGAAUUAUUUGAAAAAAUUAUUUUUUGAAUAAAGGACAAUACAGUUAUGUAAUUACACACGACCUUGAGUUGGCACUCACCAUUUACAUUAUGUUGGUUGAUUACUUGAGUAAGAUCGCAGUUAAUCAGUCUUGAAAAAGGAGAAGAGUUGGCAUUAGAGCGAAAUUCGGGAUGACCAGUGACAAAAGUUAAAGACACGACAUAUUUAAAUUGCUUACGUAAUAUCGUUUUUCCUUUUAUUCCAACUUUCGGUUGUAGAAAAAAAAGCAAAAUACGAAAAAAUGUUCGAACAAAUGCCCGAAUCAAGGCGGAAAACCCCGAAAAUGUUGCAACUCUCAAUGUGAAUCCAAUUGAAAUACAUCGAACAUGUUGUGUCUUUAAAGCGAUUUUUUUACGGUAUUGGGAAGACUAAGCUGAAACAUACUGUUCUUCUGUUCCACCUUCUUUGUCUUGAAUAGGGAGACUUGUGACUGGGUUUUUUAAAAAAUCUCAAUAACUGAAAACGUUUGUUUUUUUAAAGAAAUUUUUUGAAAAAAAAAAUCGUUUCUAAGAAAACUGAGAAAACCCUUUGCUUAAGCAUUCAAUUUUCUAUAUUUUUCUUUUCUCUCUUAUAAAUAAUCACUUUCUUUAAGUCUAACGGAUAUUGUUUAGUUAAUGGCUAUGUUAUAUACUUCAUAUGCAUAUAUUAUAGAUGUAAAUUUCUAACACUUAUGUUUAUGACUUGAAUAAAUAAAAAUAUAUAAAAUAAUAAAUUAUAAAAAAACUCAAAAAGGAUAAUUGUACUAUAAGUUUAUGAUAGAAUUUUUCCAAACUCAAAUAAAAUUUUGUUUUAGCAUCUAAAAACAAUUACAUGAAUUUCAUUUCUUCGAAAGAAUGAGUAAGACUGACUUCAAUUAAUGGACAUUGAGGAUGCACAAAUGAGUCAGUGCCAAUAGAAUAUAUUGAAAAAUUUAUGAAAAAUUGCCCAGAAUGAUGAAGUAGUUGUAAAAAGAAUUUAAUAAGGGAAAUUUUCUCAAAGCUCGUAUCUAUAGAAAAGGUUGUUAAAAUAAAAAAUAUAAAAAUAUUAAAAAAUUAGAAAACUAUAAAACUAUAAAAAAAUUUUACAAAAAAUUAAAUAAAAAAUAUAAA